UUCGUUUGUUGUGAUCAAUGUUAAACGAAUUGCAUCCUUUUUUAAUAUUCGAUAUUUUCUCAGUGAGAAAGAGACAAUGUUACAUAAUAAAUAAAUGUAAUGACUGACUUAAUAGCUCAUAAGUACCGUAUGAUGGACAAUAAUAAUGGAUCAUAUGGCAGCGCGAGUGAUCUAUUGGACAGCCAUGUGCUGGGGCGAGACAAGCUGGAGGAGCCCGCCAUGGAGAGGUCCACGAGGUCCAGUCUGGACGCCAAUAGUGUUGACAUCGGUGAAAUAACUGAAUCUCCAGAUACGGAGUAUAUGAGUACGUCUGCUAUUCUACACUAUUGUAAAUCUAAGAUAUUGCUUCCUUAUCUUAAACUUUUAACAAUAAUGGGAUUACGUCCAGUCGUCGAUUCUUCGAAUUCCUCAAGAUUCUCUAUAUGUUUGUCACACUUACAUUCUGCGCAAGUUGCAGUAUUUAUGUGUUUAGGAUACAUACUUCAGUACAUGGCAUGUUUCAGACGAGACCGAGGUUUCUGCUACAAGCUGGUGCCACUGGCGCUGGAGUCGUCACUCGAGUACGAGACGUACAAGCAAGUGUGCUACGGGAACGUGACGCUGACGUACAUCGGGCCCAGCAUACUGCACUUUCUGGGCUUCCUCUACGCCCUCUAUUUGUUUAGAAUAUCCGAUAAUGAGCAGCUCCAGAAUCUUAUGGAAAGGGUAUUUUUGCUAUCGUCGUACACACAGCAGGGCAUGGCCUCUGCCAACCCGAAGCGGCUCUUACGUUUGCUGUGGACGUUCAUCAUCCUGAGCGUGUUGUGGAUGUGCCUGUCGCUCUGCUCGGUCAAUCUGAUGAUGGCCGAGGGUACCAUUAUGUUCCGGUGGAUGGAACAAAGUUCAAAACAAACCCUAUUAAUCCUGAAGAUCCUGCUGGUCGCCUGCACGCUGGUGCACGACAUGGUGCAGGCGACCAUCAUCACCAGCUACUGCCUGCAGGCGCAGCUGCUGCAGGCGCACCUCAUGUACCUCAAGGAGCGCCUGCUCAACAGAUCCACCACACCACUGAACUGGAUGCGAGAGAUCGCCGAGUUCCAGAAGCUCCUCAAGUACCUGAACGACGACCUGGCGCCGGCGGUGUGCCUGUUCACGAUCGUGAACAUCUCGUGGGUGGCGUCCGGCGUCAUGUGGAUGUACAGCCUGGACAAAGUCGACACGCAGACGGAGCCCAUCGUCGGGAUCAGUUUGCUCAACUUGCUGCUGUGGAUCUCGGCGGCUAUCGUGCCCUUUAUACAGGCGGCGCGCCUUACAAAAGAGUGCCGGCGGACAGAGAGCGUGGGCCACGAGCUCUGCGUCCGCCCGUUCCUGCACCAAGACACGCCGCACGAGGACGUCGCCGCCGUGCUCAUGUAUUCCACGACGCUGAAACUACGUGCUAAGUUGUUCCACCAUCCAGUCGCUGGCCGGUAUCUCUGGCUUGUGCUUACUAUAACGCUCAUAGGGCUGUUCUCGCUGGGCAUGUGCCAUUAUAUAUAACGACACGGCCAUCCUGAUAUAGGUCACGUCCUAGUGGUAUCCAGAAUUAAAGACUUUUUAAAAUUAAGAUUACCGCGUUACGGUAGCUCCGGCUACUGCUCAUGAUAAAACAAUUUUCUCUCUAGAAAGUUAGCAGCAGAAGUGAAGAUGGGCCGUGUUCUAACACUCACUCUUAUUCUGUAAAUAAACAGCUAUGUCCGAUGCUGCUGGAUAUGUGACUUUCAGAACUUCUGCCUAAAGCUAGGCGCUUUCGGUUUAUAUCAAUCACUUCAUAAAUUCAUAAUAAAUAUUACAAACCUUAUGGAGUCUGUCAGGGUUGUAUUCCACCUAUCCAAUGUGUCUUGCGUCUAACAUUUUGCUUGAUGAGAGAGUGAGACGCACAGACAUUAGACCAAGAUAUUUGGACAGAUUGAAUACCACCCUAACCGAAAUACUUUUCGUUACUGAUUUCAGCUGUUAGAAAUAUUUCUAUAAACAGAAAUGGCAAUACUCUACACUGGCUUGAGUUCGGACUUUUUUUAUAAAGUUAGAAAUGUAGUAUAAUUUACUGUGUAGUGUGGGUUUUCCUGCUGGAUUCUAUUAUUAAUAAUUUUAAAGGGUGAAUGAUUUUUUUAAAUUACCAUAAGGUUUUGGUUUACAUUAAAUGUAACUAAUGUUUUGUUACAUGUCAAUGGAAUAAUAAAAUGCAUUUGAUUAAUACACAUAAAACAACAUUGUUUAUAUUUGGCACUACCUAUUAAACUAGAAGUAAACUUAACGAUACGGAAUGCUAUUUAGGCUAUGCGCAUGUAAAAUUACACAUAAAUAUCUAACCACAAAAUAACACUGUUUUUAAAAAUCUAUUAUAUAAAAUAAACUACAAUGUUUAAAUGUUCAUGCUAGUGGCACAUAAUAUAACGAGACUAGAAUGACUAGAUAGAUGUAUAUCCGUACUAAUUUUUUUUUAUCAAAUAAAAUAGAACUUUACAUAAUACAAUAAUACUUACACAGGUGCAUCCUCAACUUGUUAUGACAUUAAAUGUAAUUAAUAAAUCAUAAAAAAUCUUAAAUUUCUUUAAGUCUUGUAACCGCCCUUCUCAAAAUAAUAAUAUAUCAUAAAUUACGGGGCGUAUUUGUUGAACUAUAUUUUACUAGGCAGUUGUUUCACCGCCAGC